GUACAUUGCAGCAGUAAAAUAAAAUAAAAGCAGCAGCAGUCUCUCUCUCUCUCUCUCCCUCUCUUCUCUCUGUCUGUGUCGAAGGCUCAAGGGUUCUGUGAUAUGAGAUGGGGAGUCUCGGCGAGAAAAAGACAAGUAAAAUUGAUGAUUUUUCAAACGGGUUGGUUUGGGUCCGAAGGAGAAACGGGUCGUGGUGGCCGGGUCGGGUUCUGAGUCCGGAUGAGCUGCCGGAAAGCAGCUCGACUCCACAGAGAUCUGGGACUCCGGUCAAGCUUCUUGGGAGAAAGGAUGCUAGUGUAGACUGGUAUAAUCUGCAAAAAUCAAUACGGAUUAAGGCGUUUCGUUGCGGAGAAUUUGAACAGUGUAUUGAAAGUGCUAAGGCUUCUGCAACUGGCCCUUCUAAGAGAGGGGUGAAAUAUGCACGAAGGGAAGAUGCAAUUCUUGAUGCUCUUGAGAUUGAAAGUGGUCGACAAUCCAAAGAUCAGCCUGACAUUUGCUCAAACGUAAACAGACCUAGUAAUGAAGAAGUGGAUAGGAAGGAGUCCCCUCCAGUUUCACUGGAUGAUGUUGAAACUAAUCACAUUGCUGAAGAAUUAAUCAGUUCCAAGGAUAAGCCAAUGUUAGGACAUGAAUUGUCUCAUUCUGGUGUGUCAUUUCAAGAGGUGAAAACACAGGGGCAAUCUUCUCUGGGAAUGCGAAGGAAAAAUCCGAACGAUUCAGAAGAUGAUGGGACAGAAAAGAAGAAGCGAAUGAGAGGAAUUGAUGACCUUGGUGUAGGCGUAAAUUCAUCUGCCAAAAGGAAGAGAUCUUUAAAUCCAGAUGUUCAAGCAUUUCUAAAGAAGAGAAGCCGCAGCCGUCAGCUAACAAAGGUUCUGGAAAGUACACCUGUGGUCAAGGUUCCUGUUAUUAGUGAACAUGUUUCCUGUCCAACUAAAUCAUCCAUUCUUGGAGCAUCUCACAGCAAGGUGUCUAGGUUAGAGUCUAUUGAAUCUAAGGGAAGUCUUUCAAUGGUUAUUAACAAUAACUCAGAUAGCACUGGAGAAAAUGGAACCUCUUUCAAUGCAUCUAAACAGGCCAAUCAUGCUGUUCUUCUCAGUUGCAAACAGAAAGAGAAUGAAAUUUCUAGCACAAGGCAAGCUGACGGUGAUUCUUCCAACAGAUUAGUUGAUGUGACUUUGGUUGGAGAGGAUCUUGCAGGUUUUACGUCAGUAUUCGUACCUUGUGCAACUCAGAACCCUCAGGUACCUGCCAGAGCUCAUUCAAGUCGAAGCAGGCAAGUUGAAGAGGAGGAACUUAACGAGACUGCUUCAACAAGCUCAGGUGCUUCAAAGUGGCUGUCUAAGGGGAGAAGGAAGUUGAGAACUAGCAGAAAAUCAAAUGGCUGCUUGACAGUUCUUAAGCCUGUGGUGGAUGGUGCUGCCCUCAUAUCCAAAGAGGCUUUCCAGAUAAAGUCUGAACCGGUGACAGAUGACCAGAUAGAUGACAUACAGGACUGGGGAAAGCGUAUCCUACAUACAACUCCUCAGAUGGUGGUGCCAAAAACGGAGUUGGCCCCAUCUCAAAGGUUGCUCCCUUACCGCCAAUCCCGGUAUACGAUGAACCCGAGAUAUCAAUCCUCUGCUUUCACUCCUAGAGUGUAUGAUCCCGACUCGAGUUUGUAUGAAGUUAAAGUGGUAGUGGAAGCUAGCUCUCAGCAUCGCCCUCCGCAUGUUCCCUAUACCUCUGUAAUGAGUGAACUGACUGGUGAAUCCAUCAUCGGUUAUCCUCUUACGGUGGAGGUUUUGGGUGAAGGCUCUUUUGAGCAGAAGCCCAAUCUUACCGGACAAAAAAAUCCUGGGAGGAGCCGACUUGCGUGCUCAACCGGUGAAGCACCCAUGCCCCGGAAAAAUGGGGUAGUGCCGAAAAAGACGAGGAAGUUGUCCUCGAUAAGUGGUUCUCACAGGGACCCUGUUAAGGGGAAGAAACGGGGCCCCCGGAAAGUCAACAGACCGUCUUUAUCCUGUAUUCCACUAAAUGUGGUUUUUAGCAGGAUAAAUGCAGCAAUCAACUGAGCGGCUGCAGGAAAACGGUCUUUUUCUUUCUUUACAAUAGGAUUCCAUACAUCUGAAUAGGAGAUUCAAAUUAUGUUUUUAGAAUGCUAUAAAUUCAGUACUAUGUACAUUCUGCUCAGCACAGAUAGAUCUUUGUGCUUAUGAUACAUGUUGGGGAACCCUUUAGCUUAGCUGGUUUUUGGGCGCGUUGAGUAUAUCUGUUAGUUUAUGAUAUAUGUCGAAGAACCCUUUGGCUUAGCUGUUUUUAGCUGCGCUGUGUAUAUCUCUCAGUUUCUAGAGUUGUGAAUGUGAUGUUAUCUGAUUCUUUGGGUUUUAAUCAGUUAACAUCUCACUCAGCUCGAAAUAGAAUAUAUUUGAAAUAUAUUUUCUUGGUUUCGAAA